UAACACUCGUAAAACGUCAGUGAGCGACCGCGAAUCAAUGUGAAUGAUUGUCGAUUGACUUAUUGUGUUUUUGUUGUAAAAAUCAGUGUUUGGAUAAUGAAAGUUAAAAAACGUAGUUGCUGAUGAUAUUUCGUGAAUGGACGAAAGCCACGCGACCUGAAUUUCUGAAUAUAAUAUGACCACUUGGAAAACAGAAUUGGAGAACCGUAACAUCGCUGUUUCCAUGAGAAAGUCUGUGGAGAAUCUAGUGAUAUCGUCACAAGAUGCUAUCGGACAGAGCAUCAGUCAGGCUCUCAGCUUCUCCGGAGUGGUCACCAAUGCAACGGCCACACUACAGGAAAAUAAAAAUGUGUCUCGCUCACCCUCCCCGUCCCUGCGGCAUGCGGAGAGUUCCCUGGACUUUGUGGACAAUGACAGAAAGAGUGACGUGAGCGACACGUCCCAGGUGCCGUCCGUGGCGGGGGACGUGGCGCUCGGUCUAGACGCAGCUAGUCUCCUGAUUAAGGAUGUCAAGGCGGCCUCGCCCAGCUCCAGAGGUGAUCAAGUGAGGUCCAAGAAGAAGAGCUGGUACAACUCGCUGUACCCCACAUACAAGAGCAAGUGUGACGAUUUCAAGAGACUCUUCAAGGAACUGCCGGAUGAUGAGAGACUUAUAGUCGACUACUCGUGCGCCCUCCAGUGCGACAUCCUGGUGCACGGUCGCCUGUAUGCCUCUCAGCGGCACCUGUGCUUCCACGCCAACAUCUUCGGCUGGGAGAAGGUCCUGAUGCUGAGGUGGACAGACGUCACCGCCAUCACCAAGGAGAAAACGGCCAGGGUCAUACCCAACGCGAUCCUGAUCUGCACGGAGACCGAGAAGAACUUCCUGGCGUCCUUCACGGGCCGGGAUAAGGCCUACCUCAUGCUGUUCAGGAUCUGGCAAAACGCGCUCAUGGACCAGCCCAUGUCCAGCCACGAGAUACUGCAGCUGGUGCACGCGUGCUACGGAGCCGAGCUGGGCUUCGACUCGGACGAGGACGCUCACGACGCCCAGGACCCGCAGGACCCGAACGAGCAGAACGUCGACGUGUCCGAGGAGGCCGUGGACUCCUCGUCCAUGGAGGCGGCGGAGACGAGAGCGACGCCCUAUCAGACCGUGACUAAUGGUAACGCGGAGUUCCGCGAGGAGGCCGGGGACGUGCUGCCCACCGACAUGUCCGACAGCAGCGACAGCGAGCCCGAGAAACACAACAGUAACGGUGAGGAUGAGAAGUGCACGUCCUCCCACGAGGGCAAGCUGCUGCUGCAGCAGGAGUUCCCCAUCAACAUCGACCAGCUGUUCACGAUGAUCUUCACCAACUCCAAGUUCAACCUGGAACUGCUGGCGGCCAGGGACACCUCCGACUAUGUCCAGAACCCCUGGCAGCCUCAGAACGGCCUGAAGUGUCGUCAAGUGAGUUACACCCUGGGACUGACCUCGGGACCCAUGGGACCCAAGGAGGUGCAAGUGACGGAGACACAGGUGAUGAACAGGUGCAGUAAGCCGGGAGUGCUGUACUCCAUCGACUGCAGCAACGAGAACGCCGGCAUUCCGUACGCGGACUACUUCAGCGUGGAGGCGCACUACUGUCUGAGGAGGAGAGGGGACCGCACCGCGCUGGAGCUGUACGGAUACGUCAACUACAAGAAGACCAUGUGGCCGCUCAUCAAGGCCUUCCUGGAGAAAAACGCCAUGUCCGGCAUAGAGGAAUUCGCCCGCUUGUUGGAGAGCCGCCUGAUGGCCGCCGCCCGGCCCGUGCGCCCAGCCCGCCCGCCGCCCGCCCUACAGGCGCGGUCACGACGACGCAGGAGAGGAGACGUGACUCCGCUGGGAACAUUAUCUGCGGCGACGACCCUGCCGGCAGGGGGGUCCGCGGCCGCCAGCGGAGCCCCCGCGGGCCGCGCGGGGACCUGGCUCACGGCCGCCUUGCUGGUGCUGCUGGCCCUCAACGCUCUGCUAUACUGGAGGCUGUACCACGCGGAGAGGAGGAUUGACUUGGAACACUUACACACCAGGAUGAACACUCUUAGUGAGUCUCAGGCGGCGUCAUGGGCGCGCGCCCUGGAGUCCCACUCGGCGCGGCAAAGAGGUCAGCUGAUGGCGUGGCGCUCUGCCCUCGACCGGACCGUCACGCAUCUCCUGCAGACCGAGCAGGCUCUCAAGUCGUUGUUGGAGACGAUCAAGCCCGCGCUCGAGAAGGCGGACGGAGACACGGAACCCCGGGACGAGCUGUGAGCGGCGGCGGGCGGUGACGUCACGGGUGCUGUGACGUCAUCACACGCACGACACGACACCGCGCGUCGUCACGAUGGGAGGAUUGUCUUCGUACAAAUAACAUACAUACAUACAUCGUUGUACUUAAGUUAAUGUCGGAUGGCCGCGAGACUUUCACGGACGGCGCGGCUCCCGGCGGCGUGCGAGGAGACAUGAUCAUAUGGAAACAGAUUCAUCAGAGAUGGAUCGUUGGUAGAUGGGAGAUAGUCAGUAGUGUACAGGACGGAGCGCGCGGGAGGGGAGCCGGGCUGGUCGGGGGACGCGAUGGCUGGAUUCCAUUCCAAUAAUUUUGUAAAUAGUUAAACAUAGAUAAAGAUGUACUUUAUACAUUCGUGAUUUAUAUUUAUACAGAGGAAUAAAAAUAUUCAUAUCAACAUCGGUUGGAACCUAACCGUCGUUUUAAUAUUAGUUACUAACUCUAACACAGCGGCGCACUGCGGCAGGAGCCCGCGCCUGCUGCACAGACCGCGGUCUGGAACGUGUUAACUCACCAGCUUUAUGACUUGCAACUCACAUCUCACUCAAUAUUUUGUCCCGGAGCUGUGAGUAAACUACCUCUUACCCUUAUCACCAGUGUCCAUCAGCACACUCUAUACGGCGAGUUUAAAGUUUUUCAUUCAUAACCUCCGUCGCUGCCUUCUCUGUGAUACUUUAUGACGGACCGAGGCCACGCUCCGUGUGUGUGUGGGUCGUGGCGAGCGUACGUCUCCGGUUCCGUGUGCCGGAUAUCGUCUGGGCUUUACGCCUGCUAGUAGGGUCUCUGCGAGAUGUUUGAUGUCAUUGACCUUAUCCUCUUGUAAUCCAUCAUAACACAGCGCGUUCCUGUUUCUGCGCGUCCUCGUCAGUGAUGAACUCAGUCCGGUGUGUUUUUCUCAUUAACAUCAGAUUUAGUACCGCCAAGUCGUAUUUUCUGACCGCACAACACGCGCUGAAUGUUCCUCUCGGUCACGCGAGGCCGUGCACCAAGUCUCCAGUCUUCUAAGACUGCAAUAACGUUGUUGAAUUUAAAGAAUAUUGAUCGAUGUUAGCGUAGGUAGACUAAUUAUUGUGACGUAAGUCGUAUCCACGUGUCGGUGCUGAUCAUGUUGCUAGUAUCGCGUCACCCUGCAUCCGGCGCCUGGAGCUGUCCGGCGGGUUGCAGCUGUCGGUGGCAGACGAGCGCGUUCGAGGAUCAGUGGAUCUUGCCAAAGUUUGUGAUGUUUUGUGUGCGAGUCGAUCGAAGCACAAAUCCCAGUAGGUACUAGGUUAACAUAAGUUAGACGAAAUCUAUUCUCAGUAUUGAAUAAAAUAUUUUAAUUUAA